AUGCCAUACAGAAUAGAGUACAGGAUUGACCACAUCCAGCCAGAACAUGGGCGAAAUCCGCACCCUGUCAAUGCUUUGAAUGACAUGGGGGCACUGCAGAGAAUGAUCAGGGAGAUGAUGGAUCUUGAAGCCAGAAGAGGAGAAAGGCCCACCUACAGAAAGCCAUAUCCAGCUUACAUCAGUUGA